CAAUCAAAGAAUAUAACUAGCAGCAAAGAUGUCUAACGAAAUAGCCGAAGUUGAUUUCGUGAAACUAGAAAAGACCGAUGUGCAAUAUCUAAGAACGCAUUCGAUUGAGAAAGACGCAUCGACGCCGAGAAACGUAAGUAACAAACUUCUGCAAUCCGAGACUGAAAUGCAAAGUGAAAACCCGAAACCCGAAAAGAAGUCCUCUAAGAAACACAAUCGGGCAAAGUCGGGGUUCUUCACGAAACUGCUCGACGGCUUUCGUAGACCCAAAGUUUCCGACCACAACACGCCCAAUGAACCAAAACGCAAGAGCCAUAAGUUUUGGAGGUCAACGAAACUAGUCGAUACGAAAGCGGGAGCGGAAGAUGCUGUAAUUGGUAUCAAAAAAAUGACGAUCACUGAACAUUGUCACGUACCAAGCAAUGCCAAGGCAUUAAAAAGACCAUUCGAUUCGCCUAAAGUGACGCUGACGCAAGAAAGAGAUGUUCCUCCACCGAAAAAAUCGUCUAUUGUCGUUCAGCACAAAGAUUAUCAACUGAAGCUGCCUCCGUAUUACAAAGGAAGUCAGAUGAGAAUGCGCUCCGGUGAACGUCUAUUUUGGCUAGGCGAAACCCGCCCGUCAUCAUUCGGUCCGGCUACGUAUCAGGACUUCAAAGACAUAAGAUCGCGGUGCCUAGCUGAAGGUAGACGCUUCGAAGACCCCGAGUUUCCGGCCGUGGACCGCAGCCUCUACUACAAGGAGAGCCUGGACAGGCCCAUCACUUGGCUCAGACCUGGGGAAAUCAGCGACAACCCUCAACUUUUCGUCGAAGGCUACAGUCGCUUCGACGUCCAACAAGGAGAGUUGGGCGAUUGUUGGCUGUUGGCUGCCGUUGCCAACUUGACACUUCAUCGCAAGUUAUUCUUCCAAGUCGUACCCGAUGAUCAGAGUUUCGAUGAAGAUUAUGCGGGCGUCUUCCAUUUCCGUUUCUGGCAGUACGGGCGCUGGGUGGACGUGGUCAUCGACGACCGUCUCCCGACGUACCGAGGGAAGCUGGUGUUCCUCCACUCGGCCGAGGCGAACGAGUUCUGGAGUGCUCUACUCGAGAAGGCAUAUGCGAAACUCCACGGAUCGUACGAAGCCCUCAAGGGAGGCUCGACCUGCGAGGCCAUGGAGGACUUCACCGGCGGCGUCACCGAAAUGUACGAGAUGUCCGAACUGCCGCCAAACUUCUACACGAUCCUGCUGAAGGCGUACGAAAGGAACUCUCUUAUGGGCUGCAGUAUUGAGCCCGACCCCCACAUCCUCGAGGCGGAGACGCCGGCGGGGCUCAUCCGGGGGCACGCGUACUCCGUGACCCGGGUCAAGUACGUGGACAUCGAGACGCCGGGCCGCGCCGGCAAGAUCCCGCUGCUCCGCCUGCGCAACCCCUGGGGGAACGAGGCCGAGUGGAACGGACCAUGGAGUGACAAGUCUCCAGAGUGGCGCUACAUCCCGGAAUCGGAGAAGGAGGAGCUCGGCCUGACGUUCGACGACGACGGCGAGUUCUGGAUGUCGUUCAAGGACUUCGUCAACCACUUCUCGCGAGUGGAGAUAUGCAACUUGAACCCCGACUCUCUGGACCCCGAGGAGUGUCCCGAGGGCUGCACCAAGAAGUGGGAGAUGUCGGUCUUCGAAGGCGAAUGGGUUAGAGGCGUGACGGCCGGCGGCUGCAGGAACUUCCUGGAGACGUUCUGGCGGAACCCUCAGUACACCGUCACGUUGAGCGACCCCGACGAGGGAGACGACGAGAACAAAUGUACCAUAAUCGUGGCGCUGAUGCAGAAGAACCGUCGCUCGCAGCGCCACCAGGGCCUGGAGUGCCUCACCAUCGGGUUCGCGGUGUACCGCCUCCCGGACUACGGGCACGUGCCCAAGCCGCUCGACGUCAACUUCUUCAAGUACAACGCGUCCGUCGGCAGGUCGCAGGCCUUCAUCAACUUGAGGGAGGUCAGCGCCAGAUUCAAGUUCGAGCCCGGCUCGUACGUGAUAGUGCCCUCGACCUUCGACCCUGACGAGGAGGGAGAGUUCUUACUAAGAGUCUUCUCCGAAAAGGACAACAAUAUGGCUGAGAAUGACGAGGACAUCGGUAUGGGCGAUGUUGACGACAGAGUGAAGGAGUUGGCGCCGGACCCGGAGCCGGCCGACCCGGUCCGUGAGUUCUUCACGCGGCUCGCCGGCUCCGACGGGGAGGUCGACUGGCAGGAACUCAAGGAGAUCUUGGACUACGCCAUGAGGGAAGAACUUGCGAUGCGGCACGGCGCAUACGACGGGGGCGGCGGGGUCGCGGGCGGGGGGCCCGCCCCCCGGACCCCACUCGGCCCCUCCGGCGGCCCCCCUCAGGAACAGAGCUGCCUCGAGCAGAUCCUGUGCGCUCUCUGCACCCCUAUAUGCAAGGAGCUCGGCGUGGACCUUCAGCAGGCUCAGAACCAACCGGAGCAGGUGCAUUUGAACCAGCCGCAGCCCUACACCAACGCUCAAGAGUUGCAAGGUCAGGGUUUCUCCAAGGACGUGUGCCGUAGCAUGAUCGCGAUGCUUGACAAGGACGGCUCCGGAGGACUUGGCUUCGAAGAGUUCAAGUCCCUGUGGAUCGACCUGCGCAACUGGAGGGCCGUGUUUCGCCUGUACGACGUGGAGCGGCGGGGGGCCGUCCCCGCCAGCCACCUGCGUGACGCUCUGCACUCGGCCGGCUACACGGUCAACGCGCACGUGCUCAACGUGCUGGCGCACAGAUACGGCACCACCGACGGGUACAUACAGUUCGAUGACUUCAUAAUGUGCGCCGUGCGUCUCAAGACCAUGAUCGCAAACGGCGAGCCGUUGGAGAACCUCGAACGUGAACUGCAGCAGGCGCCCUGAGACGGAGCCCGGAGCGCCCUCUUGUAAUCACAAACACACGUUCAACUCUCGAUCUUCGGGCGGAGACUACGCCACCUUCUCGCUCGAGGAGUGGCUGAAUCGCACAGUAUACUCGUAAGCGGAACCGAACCUCCUUAACAUCGACCGGCCUGCAUGCUGGAUCCCGUCUACACUACUACAUCGUAUUUAAAAAAAAAAAACUGUCACUGUCAGUUUUGAAAAUUGUAAACUUCAAAUUUGACAGUUCGAAAAAAGAAAACGAAAAAAUACACGUCCUUUCAAUUUUAUUUGUGCAAAAAAAUAAAAUACAAUUUCUAUCCGAAGUAUAUUACGAAGAUAGAUAAUCUCUGCCUUAUAUUUAUAGAAUAUAAUAUGUAUAUUUUUAAUAUUUAUAGUUAUAAAAAAAAAACAAAAAUCUAAGUGUUCAUAAUUCGCUUGAUGUAUAACGGAAAUUGAUCUUUUGAGACGACGCCGCUUACCGUCGGGUGCGCUGUACGCUCGCCGCCACGCUCAAUGUCACUCUGUCAUCAAUUUUAAUAUAAACUCAUAAUACAGUAGGUCCACCCGCAUCGGUACCGCCUACCCACUUCUGUAUGUAUAAAGAGUGGGAUAUUCACGAUAAAACAGCAUUGAGACUACGACCUCAUGUCUCAAGCUCUACGUCACGUUGUGACGUCCAUCUGUUCCGGCUUUGCAUCAGAUGAGCUGGUAUUGCAAGAACCAAACCUUCAAGGCUUGCGGAGAGUGCUGUCAUAAGUAAUCAUCAGCGGUCUAUGAGUUUCUCGCCGGAUCUUCUCAGUUGGACAUGCUUCCGAUCCGGUGGUAGAUUCUGCGAAGCACGGCUCUUGCUAGGAUUCGUGUUAGCAAUGCCGUCAGGUUUGAGGCCCAUGAGCUCACCUACUAGUUAAGGUUACACUGAAAUGGUCUCUCAAUACCAUCAGCUUAGGCAGGAAAAAAAAUCAGGCCAUCCUAAUCAAGAGACCAUUAGACGCAUUCCACGCUAAGGCAAUAAAAAAGAAAAAAAUUACACAGUACAUUGCCUCGUCCGCACACGCGAGCGCGCAAUGUAAGCGGUCCGAAUUCUUUUCUAAAGAUCAAUUUCCAUUUUGCUAAAAUUAUAUUAAAAAUUUACUGAAACAAUACGAACUGUUCGCUAUUAUUCUCAAAGAGAUUUUUGUCUAAGUCACAAAUUAAUUAUUAAUUAACGAAAAUAAAUAACAAUAUAUUAUAAUGUAUAAUGGUUCUCAAUGAUUGCAUUAAUAUUUUGAAAUACGGGUAUGAUCAUUUGUUAAUUCGCCAACUAAUUAAUUAUCAAAAUAAUAAUUUGAGUAUUAUCAUCACUUAUUUAAUUGCAUUUUUAAAUAAUCGUUGUGGAAUUACUGUGAAGUUAACAUUACGUUAAAAAAUUAUAUACUGGUGGUAGGACGUCUUGUGAGUCCGCGCGGGUAGGUACCACUACCCUGCCUAUUUCUGCCGUGAAGCAGUAAUGCGUUUCGGUUUGAAGGGCGGGGCAGCCGUUGUACUGUGUACAAACUGAAGCUUAGUACUCUCAUGUCUAUGGGCUCCGGUAACCACUUAACACUAGCUGGGCCGUGAGCUCGAAAAAUUCACAAUUUUUUUUCCAUAAACGAUUAUUUGAAGACAAACUUUCAAACGUGUUUGCAGUAACUUUUUUUUUUAGUUUUUACAGUAUUUUUAUUAUCCACCGACAACUUCAUUCCAGUAUGCGUUUUCUUUUAGCUGAAUGUUCACAACGCGACUUAUGCGACUCACGGUACCCGUAACACAGGAGAAAAUCCUAGUUUGAGGUCGUUGUAUGAGCAACAUUUUUGUUCUAAGCGAAACCUCUCUCAAUAUCGCUUUUUGAAACUCUUUGAAACGCAGGAGCGACACUAAAAAGAGACAAACAUAUAAUUCACCGUGCGAGAGAACGAGACGGCAUACUUUUGAAAGUUUCAUCACUGCUUCUGAUAAGCUUACUGGUGUGUGGUCGCUCCGGUCGCGCGUGUGAACAAGUUCUUCUUACACGAUAAGUUUCUGUGCGAUUUAAGCUCUCAAAAACGAAAGUUCUUAAUGAAUGUUGUAUUUAUGUUAAACAAAUAAAUGUAUGCACAUUUCGGGAUUUAUUUUGCAUUUUCCUUUGCAAUUAUUUUUUUAUUUAAUUCGUAAUCAUUUAUGACGAACAUUGUAAUGUUGGAAGAUCUGAAUUAAAAAAAUUUUCAUGUGCA